AUGUCCUCUAAUACUAAAACCAUUGUUGUUCUUGGUGGUGACCAUGUUGGUCCUGAAUGCACAAAUGAAGCUGUCAAGGUGCUGAAGGCGAUUGCUGAAGCUCGCCCCAAUAUCAAGUUUGAUUUCCAGGAACACCUCAUUGGUGGUGCCGCCAUUGAUGCCACCGGCAAUCCUCUUCCUGAUGAGACCCUUGAGGCCGCUAAGAAGGCUGAUGCUGUUUUGCUUGGUGCCGUUGGUGGCCCUAAGUGGGGUACCGGCGCCGUCAGACCUGAGCAAGGUCUGCUGAAAAUUAGAAAGGAGCUUAACCUUUACGCCAACCUUCGUCCUUGCAACUUCAUUUCUGAAUCUCUCUACGAUCUUUCUCCCUUGAAGUCCGAAGUUGUCAAGGGUACUGACUUUGUCAUUGUUCGUGAACUUGUCGGAGGUAUUUACUUUGGCGAGCGUGAGGAAGACAAUGGUUCUGGUAGAGCAUGGGAUACUGAGGCUUAUUCGGUUGAGGAGGUUAAGAGAUUGACAAGAAUGGCUGCCUUUUUGGCUCUUCAAUCUAACCCUCCUCUUCCUGUCUGGAGUUUAGAUAAGGCUAACGUUCUUGCUUCGUCUCGUCUUUGGAGAAAGACUGUCACUGAAACCAUUGAAAAGGAAUUUCCUCAACUUACCCUGAAGCACCAGCUCAUUGAUUCCGCUGCUAUGAUCAUGGUUAAGAGCCCCUCUUCUCUUAACGGUGUUUUGCUGACUACCAAUAUGUUUGGUGACAUUCUUUCUGAUGAGGCUUCUGUCAUCCCUGGUUCUUUGGGUCUUCUCCCUUCAGCUUCUCUUGCUUCUCUCCCAGAUAAGAACACUGCUUUCGGUCUUUACGAGCCCUGCCACGGUACUGCUCCUGAUUUGCCUAAGAACAAGGUUAACCCCAUCGCUACCAUUCUUUCAGCUGCUAUGAUGCUUAAGCUUUCUCUUGACCUUAAGGAGGAAGGCGAAGCUGUUGAAAAGGCCGCCCGUAUUGUUCUUGAUAGUGGUAUUAGAACUGGUGAUCUGGGCGGUAAAAACAGUACCACUGAGGUUGGUGAUGCCAUUAUUGCUGAGCUUAAGAAGCUUCUGUAA